GUCCGAUCUCAGCGCUCACUCAUCAGCCCACUGUGCAGUAUCAGUCAGCGGCUUCACUUUACUUGUACUACAAUUGCAAUCUUCAUCCCAUCCUCCGUCCCGUCUUUCCCAGAAAAAAAAAAUACACACACAACGUUCAGACACUCCUUCAUUGCCGCCCAUCUGUAUCAGUUCGUCCUUUGUGUCUUUUCUGGAAUUUGUCUAUACCAUAAUCGCCUUUCUACCAUCAUCCCCACUUAGAACUUGGGCGUCCAGUGAUCGCUGCCCACACCUUAUCGCCAACUCAAUACGAUAAUUCCUCAGCCCGUCCAUGGUCUUCACCGACACAGCGACCGGUCCAAGCAUGGCCAUGAUGGCUAACACAACAAUCGCCGCGGCCCUACCGCCCUUGCCUGCCUACGAAACCCGGCCGCUUCCAGACCUGUUGCCAUGGAUUUCCGACUUUUGGUUGUCGCUUAUUCUGCCGCACAUCGCCUACUGGGUCGUAUCCAUGUUCUUCCACAUUAUCGACGUCUAUGACCUUUUCCCUCAGUAUCGCCUACACACCCCCGAAGAAAUCAGCCAACGUAAUCUUGCGUCCCGCUACGAGGUUGCCCGCGAUGUCCUCCUCGAACAAGCGAUUCAGAUUGGCACCUCGGCUGUGCUGAAUCUCCUCGACGACCAGCAACUCACCGGACAUGAGAACUACGAAGUUGCCGUCUGGGCGACGCGCAUCCGCCUGGCCCAGCGUGGCCUCCCCACCAUUCUCGGUUUCGUUGGACUGAAUGCCGGCGCCCUUUCCAAGAACAUUGCUGGCUCAUACCCGCUGCUUGCUGGCGCGCUCGCUGGCGGUUUCUACCCAUCCCUCUUCGAGCUCGAUGACAUGGCCGGCACGGCCGUUCCCGCGUUCGCGUCCUGGGAGAUUCUCUUGGCCAAGGCCAUCUACUGGAUCAUCAUUCCCUGCAUCAAGUUCUGGUUUGCCGCUUUCGUCCUCGAUAGCUGGCAAUACCUUUGGCACCGCGCCAUGCACAUGAACAAGUGGAUGUACACCAAGUGGCAUGCUCGUCACCACCGUCUCUACGUUCCCUACGCCUACGGUGCCCUCUACAACCACCCCGUCGAGGGUUUCGUGCUCGACACCCUCGGUGCCGCCAUCGCCUACAAGUGCUCCUUCAUGACCUCGCGCGAGGGCAUGUUCUUCUUUGUCGGCAGCAUGAUGAAGACGGUCGACGACCACUGCGGAUACGCGCUGCCCUGGGACCCCCUGCAGAACAUCACCAGUAACAACGCCGCUUACCACGACAUCCACCACCAGAGCUGGGGCAUCAAGACCAACUUCUCCCAGCCCUUCUUCACCACCUGGGAUAGAAUCCUCGGUACUAUGUGGAAGGGUGAUACCUCGAUCAAGUACGAGCGCACGAGGGCCGCGGCGGCCAACAAGAAGAAGGGCGCCAAGGGUGAAGAGACCAAGGCCGAGUAAAAUAAUUGGACACAAGCCAGAGUGGGGCGGGGCCCCGCUACUGAGGAUUGUGGUGAGGAGUUGUGUGAUAUUUUAUACAGACUAUUUCUGUCGACGAUGGUAAUUUUUAUUUCUGUGGAAAGAUUCAUUAUUCUUUUCGCGAAACGUGGUUUAGGGGAACACCAUCUUUUCUGAUGUAAACCUCCCUCGACGUCUUCCAUCAGAGAAGGGGACGACACCAUGAUGGCUUUGGAUGAUGGGAAGCAGAUGAAGAAGAAGAAGAAGAACGAAGCCAACAAAUCAAGAAAAGCAACGUACCUAACUAUCUAGGGCAUUGGUAAAGGCGUUAUACCACACAUACUUUCUUUUUAUAGUUAUCUCUCUUUCUUCUUCUUCGUUUUAACGCCCGACUCAUGGCUUCAGGAUUAUAUGCAACCGUUGAUGAUGAGGGAGAAGGGCAAAGGGCAAAAAGGGAAGGGAAGGAAGGGGACAGGAUGAACUUGGAUUGACUGUUCAUAAUGAAGGGAAUGGAGGCUUGUUGCAAAUGAUGUAUGGGUUCCAUAUCACAGUUUUUGAGGAGGUUGUUUGUCAAUUGUACAAAGUGUUGGAAGAAGACAGGCAGGGAUGGAAAAGGAUGGAACGGAAGAAGAGAAGAAGUGUUGCUCACUUCGCUCACUCGCUCUUGGAUGAGAAAAGCUUGGGGGAUGGCACUCAACUUGUUCAGAUUACGCCAGUUAUCUGAGUUAUCUGGAGAGGACCGCUGCGUACCUAGCCGACUCAUGUAAUGAUAAUAUGAAAUCAAAGCCUUGAUCACACGAACU